AUGUUUCAAGACCCAGCCUUACCUCCGCCAAGAAUCCAAGCAACUGAUCCAUUCAUGAUGAGACUCUCGUAUCAAGAUCAGAUUGAAUACAUGAGGCUAGUUCAAUAUUUCCAAUAUUCUGAUGACCGCAAUAAAAGAAAUCUUGGAUUAUCUACAUUCGCAAAACAUAUCUCCUUAAUUCAUCGUUUUAUUUAUAGAGGAGAUUCUCAAGAUACAUACCGUGGAUUACUUUGCGGCAUUGAAUUUGGAAUUGAUUCCCUUUUGAUCAAUACUUCCCGCCUGAAACAUUUAAUGUGCAGAUCAAAAUCUUGCAUGAAUGGGUGCUUCCAAAAACUAGGUUAUGCAAUAUCAAGACCUGUUCAAGACUUCCAAACGUUAUUUUCACAAUCGGGAUCUUCAUUUGAUAAUGCAUUCAUCAAUCCAAGACAAUGGUGUGUAAGAAGGUUACAGGACCCAACAAAUGCAAUGACCAAUUUUCCAGCAAUCCUAAGCAUACAGUUUGCUGAAGAUAACUCAAAGCACUCCGAAUCAGAAACAAUUUCUCUUCACGAUAGACCAAAUUCUCUCCCUGCAAUUUGGGAAGUUUCUAGUUUAUUGAAUCAUAAAUCAUUACCUGGACUAUCCCUUGGAUAUUCCCCAUGA